AUGAUCUCGAGCUUAUUUUUCUUGAAUUACCAUGGCGAAGUCAUCAUUGAGAAGCAGUUUCGCGAGAAGUUGUCGCGCACCAUCCUUGAGGACUUCUGGACGACGUGCAUUCUGCCACUUCGUUCCGUGGAUGAGGCUUCUGCAGUGACACUUUACAGUCGCUUUGCCUUUGUUCAGAUUCACCGCAACGAUGUGGUUCUCUUGGCGAUUGUAACAAAUGAGGGGUUUCCGCUGCUGGUCAUUGAAAUUCUUUCUCUGAUUGCGGGGGUAAUUCAGCAAUACCUUAAGGUUCUUUCUGAAAAUACACUACGCGAAAAUUUCUCUGUGGCGUAUCAGCUCUUGGAGGAGCUUAUUGACAAUGGCUAUCCUUUAACGACAGAGAUGCACGUCUUGGAGGAGUUAGUCAUGCUGCCGACGCUAGAGAACAAGUUUCGGACCGUAUUGGACGCCCCAGCGAAGGUAAAGCGCCGACAUUUGGGGGUGCGUUCUGUCCCUUGGCGGGAUCCUAUGACCAAACAUACUUCCAAUGAAAUUUUCUUCGAUGUUGUGGAAAAGCUGGACUGUAUAGUUGAUUGCGAAGGGAAUCUUGUGCGGGCUGUGGUGCGUGGGGCUGUAAAUAUUAACUGUCGUUUAAGUGGAAUGCCUGACGUUGUUCUCCGGAUGGCAAAUCUGGACCUCAUCGAUGAUAUUGCCUUUCAUCGAUGUGUCCGUCGACAUCGAUAUGAGGCCGAUCGCACCAUUAGUUUUGUUCCUCCUGAUGGAAAAUUUACGCUUCUCGAGUAUCUCUGCAAACCACUUCUUUAUGCGCCUGCUCCCUUUUACGUGACACCACAAAUUACGUUUGACAAAUCAGGUGGUCGGUUCAACUGCGUGGUGGGGAUUCGUGGCGGGGGACUCACAGUGAAAAACAGGGAUUGUGGAAUUCAAAGGGUUGUCGUUCAUCUGCCGCUUCCACCCCAAGCGGAGUCGGUGCAGGUGCAUAGUAGCACUCAGGGGACCACAAGCUUUUCCAGUUCUCGAGGCAUCUUAACAUGGAACGUUGGAACGCUUUUCCGUGGGACUGGUUCGCUAAGCGGCGAAUUUACUUUCGCCAUGGAAAAGCGGACGGAGGAGGUGGCAGCAUGUACAGGUGAUUCCGCCGUGGUUGAGUUCAGUAUCCCAAACCAUCUUUUAAGCUCUAUCCGUGUGGAUACUGUUCAGGUGUUGAACGAGAUAGGAAGGCCGUACAAGGGUCGUCAAGUACGUUACAUUUGCGGGGCGCUUUGUGGUGCGUACGGCGUAGUAUCCAUUGAAUAUCCUUUUGCGGACGCCAGGUAUUUACUUUUGGAGUGCUGCCUAUGUGUGUGUGUGUGUGAGAGAGAGAGAGGGAAGGGGUGCACAUGUGUGCACGUGUGCAUCUGUUAG